GACACGGGGUCGCCUGACGUCAUAGAGCAAAGCAGGGGCUCCGCUGUGAUACAGUGCAAAGCAGGGGCUCCGCUGUGACGUCACCGCCCUUUUAUAUACCGGGCCCCGAGCGCGGAGGCCUCACACUCCGCGCAUAACAUCUGGAGAGAGGCGGCUGAAGGUUCCUCCAAAAUGUUCAAAAAACAUCGCCAGCUGCGACCAACAUCGCGCCUUCCACUCCUACCAACAUCGCGCCUGCCACGCCUACACCGUGUGCAGAAGAUGGUGCAGAGGAUGGCUCAAGGGCUGAGGAAAUUCUGUAACUUUUUUCAUGUCCAGCACGCCCAACGGUACCAUCUAGAGGAGGAACACAGCAGAGACAACAACCAGGACAGCUAUGAGACACUAAUGAAUGUCUGCGCUCGACGAAUGUGCCGAACUAUCCAGAGGGAUGGAUUUGAUGAAGGGUAUCCUCAAAAGUCACGGGAUGAUGGCUACGUAACCCUCAAACAACAAAGCAGAUUAAGAUCUUGCAGCCGGUCCUCAGCGCAGAGAAGUCACCUGAGCAGUACGGAGGCCAGGAUUGUGCAAGAAGAUCCGGAGGCAAACCUGGCCAUAAGCAUUGGAGACAGGAUUGGUGGAAGAUAUGAGAUUGUCAACAUCCUGGGAGAGGGAGCCUGUGGCCAAGUUCUCCACUGCCUGGACCAUUACAGGGGAGGAUCCAGUGUGGCAUUAAAGAUCAGCAAGAUGUGGGAGAACAUGGAGGAAGCUGCUUUUUUGGAGAUAAGGAUGCUGAAUAAAAUCAGUGGAUUAGAGCAUAAGUAUAAGCAUUUGUGUACACCAAUGCUUAAUUGGCUGUAUUAUCAAGGGCGGGUUUGCAUUGAAUUUGAACUUCUGGGACUUAGCACAUACGACUUCCAGAAAAAGAACAACUUUCUGCCAUAUCCAAUUAACCAGCUACGACAUAUGUCCGAGCAGCUGUUCCAGGCGGUGAAAUUUCUUCAUGACAACCGUAUAACUCACACGGAUCUGAAGCCGGACAAUAUCCUCUUUGUCAACUCGGAAUUUGAGGAGAUUUACAACAAGGAGAAGAGUUGUGUUGAGCGAUGCAUUAAGAAUACCGAUAUUCGGUUGGCUGACUUUGGGUGUGCGUUGCUAUAUCUUGACCACCACGAUGACACGAUUGCCGCCCGAGACUACCGAGCCCCAGAGGUCAUCUUGGGCCUUGACUGGAGCCAUUCUGUUGACAUAUGGAGUAUCGGAUGUACCCUGUUUGAGUUCUACACAGGAGACACACUCUUCCUGGUGAGUGGUUUAGCUGGUGGAAAGCCUUGUGGCCAAUCUCAAUUUCUCUAUCGUCCUAGUGGAUGCUGGGGUUCCUGA